AUGGAAUAUCAAAAUAAACGUGGUGGUACUGUUGUACUUUUGGACAUCAAGAAACCAACACAACAAAGCUGGGCCUCGCCUCUUGAAGCGCACCAAACAGGUUUACAAUUAGAGAAGGAUGUUUACCAAGCAUUACUCGAAUUACAUGCCACGGCUUCAAAACACGCUGAUCCGCAUCUGACGAAUUAUCUUGAAGAUGAGUUCCUCGAUGAACAGGUCGAAUCAAUCAAACAAUAUGCUGAAAACAUCGUCAACUUACGUCGUGUUGGCGCUGGUCUUGGUGAAUACAUUUUCGACAAGCAUGUUAAAGACUAA